AAGGCUGGGAUGGAAAGCGCUGUGGGAGCAGGGUUUGCCCUCCCUCAGGGUCUGAUGGGGUUAAGAGCUUUGCAGCCACCUGCAAGCUCACAGGAAGCUUUGCUUCCUCCUUCUACAACAACCCUGCGGCUGCAGAGAGGUUUUAGGGUGCUCAAAGCAAGGCUGCUUUGGGGACCCUCAAAGGGGUCACAGUGAUGAGCUUGUCUCAUGGAUGCUGGUGCAGGAUGCAGCGGUGAGGAUGUGACCUACAUUCACGGCAAGGAUGUCCCCAGCCUGCCACGGCCGGGCCAUGAAGCUGCACAAGUGAUGGUGCCGCGGUGCCCGCGGGCCAUGGCCAGCCCAGCACCAUGGCUGCACCGCACACAAACACAGCUGAGGCGCUGGCAGGGAGAGGAGCAGCAGCAGCAGCAGGAGGAGGAGGAGGAGGAGGAGGAAGACGACGGCUUCCAAAGGCAAAUGGACGAGUAUGGGGUCAUCGGCCUGGGGGAUGACGCCGGGAGCCCACCAUGGGGCCAUGGAGAGGACCUGGAGGAGAGGUCCCCAGUGCAGGAGGGUCGCUGGCACCCGCAGCAGAACCUGGUGGAGGAGGAUGAGGACCAGAGCAGCUUUGGUGGUGGGGAUGAGGAGCCCUGGGGGGCAGAGAGUGAUGGGGACCCCUACCCCGAGCUCUCCUAUGAGGGACAAUGGGGCUCGGGGCUCAGCAGCAGCCCCGAGCCGUUGCGGGGUCCCCGGGCUCUCUGCCAGCCCCAUGGCUGCAGCACAGAUGGGGGGAACACCUCGGGGCUGUCAGAUGCCAGCCCUGGCCCUCCCACCCCGUCUCAGUGGGAUGCUGGAGGGGGGCACAGGACCCCAAAGCAGAGCAUCCUGCUGUGCUGCUCCACCGAGGAUCAUCAUGAUGCCACCAGCACCAAGCCUGUGCCAAGCCUGACACCCACCAUGGCCCCCCAGAGCACUGGGGACCCCCCUGCACCUCGGGGCCUCAAAAAGGCAGCACCCAAGGUGCUACCCCCCCGGCAGUCCCUGGGCCCCCGGCGGCAGCACGGUGGCAGCAAGAAGGCGAGGAAUCCCUCGGGCAUGGGCACCAGCUAUGGCCAGGGGCAGCUCAACCACCCCCUGCCCGACCUCUCCAAGGUGGAGGCACGGGUGAAGGUGACCCGGAGCUACCGACCACCGCGGGGCCGAGCCCUGCCCAGCGCCCCGGGACCCAGCAUCGGCUUCAAGUCCCCAGCUGAGAUCGUGCGGGAGGUGCUGCUGAGCAGCGGGGAGGGGGUCCCCCCGCAGCCCCCCCCCACCGCAGGGCUGCCCCAUGGGUUCAGGUCCCCCGAGCAAGCCACCGAGCUGGUGCAGCAGCUGCAGGACGACUACCACAAACUGCUGACCAAGUACGCUGAGGCUGAGAACACCAUUGACCAACUGCGCCUGGGUGCCAGGGUGAGCCUGUACUCGGACCCGCCGCAGCCCAGCCGCAGCCCGGCCAUGGGCGCCAUGGGCGCCGGCAGCAGGGUGCUGGCCCUCAGCAUGGCGCAGGCCAGGACGGCGACGUUCAGCGCGGCCACGGUGUCCUCGCUGGGUGGAGCUCCAGCACCUCCCGAGCAGGGGGGAGCACCCCAACCCUCUCCCAGCCCAACAGCCAUGGGGGGCUGCCCCACUUGCCUGGGGACCUGCUGCUGCCCCGGGACCCGGCUGACACGGACCCUGGCAGGGCAGGCACAGGAGCUGCAGGCCCAGGUGGAUUCCUUCGAAGGCUGGAGCCAAGCAGGAAAGCCCACACGGCAGGAGCAGCUCCAGCGCUUUGGGAAGCUGAAGGAAGCACAGGAUGCUCUGGAGCAGGCGUACCUGGGAGCGCGGCAGCACCCGGGGGCCUUGGGGGACUUUGACCCUGAGCGUGCUGUGGAAAGGGAGAUUUUCCACCUGGGAUUGCGCCUGGAGGAGCUGAAGGAGCGGCUGGAGCCCGGGGGCAGGCAGCAGCUCCCCUCCAAGCGCCUGGACCAGCCCCAAUCCCCCCCAACCCCUUCCCCAUCAUCAGCCACCCGCUGCCCGCACCCCGAGAGCCCCAUGGUGAUGGAUGGACCCCAGGGGACAGCGGGGGACACUGAGUUGGUGACAGAGGGGCUGCCUCAGCCCCUCUGGCACAAGCAGCAACAAGUGGAGGAUGAUUUUGGGGACCUGCUGGAGCAGUACAAGCACUUCAAGUCCUUGCCGGAGUCGCUAAGCCUGGAGCAGCUGAGCCUGGCAGAGAGCAGGUCACAAGAGGAGGCAGAUGGAGCUGGGGCACGGGAUGGUGGCCCCAGCAAGGUCCCCUGCAGGACACGGUCACUGGAGGAGGGCUCUGACCUCGAGACCUCUCCCCUGCACCCUCUGGAGAGAAGAGCGGUGCCACUGUCCCCUAGGGAGCUGCAGUGGCCGGGGGGGGCACAGGGCCACCAGCCCCUCCCCACCACUGAGGAGCCACCAUCUGCAGCCAUGACCUGCCUGGGGCUCCCCAAGGCGCCCCAGGCACCCCUGUCCCGCCAGGUGGGCAAUGCUGGCACCCAGUGCCGGCCCCACAAGGAGCAGCGCAUUGUGUCACCAGAGACGGACAGCGGCUUCGUGGGCUCGGAGGCCAGCAGGGUGUCACCCCCUGUGCGCACCCCCGAGCACCGGCCCCCCAGCACCGGGAAGCCCGGCUCCCUGGGACCUUCCAUCCCCAUCCCUGCAACCCUCCAUCCUCCGUGGAAGAGAGAGGUGACACCACUUCCCUCUGAGACCACGGUGAUGGGCACCACAGGAGGGACCUGCCGGCCCCCCAGCACCCCUUCGCAGAGCAGCUCCCCCCGACACUGGACUCAGAGCCCGAGCAGCGAGGCAGGACAUGACCAUGGUGGUGUUGGAACUCACACCGACUCGGAGGUGGAAGGCAGGAGCUGUGCCAGCACCAGUGGCCCCCCGGCCACCACCAGGGGCCCAGCCAGCCCCCCAGCAUCCCCCAAAGCACCGUCCCCAACCCUGCUGUCCCUGGACCCACCAUCCCUCGACCUGGCUCACUGUGAUCUGUUGGGCUCCCGCUUGGAGCGCGACCAGGCCAUCCGGGAGCUGCAGGAUGAGGUGUGGCGGCUGCGGCUGCGGCUGGAGGAGAGCCUGCGGCAUUCCCACAGCUAUCCCAAGGGAAAAGCCCCCCCGCGUGUCACCCUGGGCAGGAGGCAGCCGGUGACCAGUGCACCAUUGUCCCCCAAGGCCGCAGCACCCGUGGGGGAGCCGAGACCCCCGGUGCGGGGCAGGAUGGCCCCCAGGGUGGCCCCCACGAGGAGGGGGAGGUCGGUGUCACUGCCACGGGACAGGCCAGAACUGGACCUCACCUCCGAGUCAGACCCUUCUCCCACUGGACCCCGGGUCACCCCCUCCCCAUGGAAGACCCCCCGGAGCCCCCCAGAUGCGGUGACGUUCCGGGGACAGCACACAGGGACACGGUACCAGGCAGGGGUGCCACGAGCCAGCACAGCACCGCGGGAAGAGCCACGCACCCCUGAGGGCCCCCGGUGCCGCUGGAGCAGGGCUCCAUCGGCAGGGCAGGCGGGUGAUGCUGCGAGGCAGCCCCAGCACAGCACCCCGAGGAGGACAUGCUGCCCUGCCUGCCAGGCACCCAUGGGUGCCCCCUCAUCUGAUGGAGCCACGCACGCAGAGCACGGCCCUGGUGCCACAUCAUCCCCAGGCUCCCACAUUGGUCCCCGAGCCCAGAAGCUGGAGCAACCUGGACUUUGGUACUUGGCCAGCCCCGGUGCCAGCGCUGCCAUCGGCUGCCUGGCGCCAGUCCCCAUCGUGCCUUAUGCACCCUCUGUGCUCUACUGCUCCCCGGUGGUACCUACCUCACCCCACACUAUGGGACAGUGUGGGUCAGAGCAUCCCCCCCGUUCCCCUGCCGCUGGUCCCCACCGCUGCCUCCCCCUGGAUCUGGAGGAGCUGAACUGGUCCCUGAGCAGGGCCAUGGCUGCUGCCCGGAACGUGAGGGUCACCACCACCCGCAUGAGCCGGGUGCUGGCGGCUGAGCUGAGCCAGGCACGGGGCCUGCGCCACUCCUGCCUCUUCUGAGCAUCCUGAAGAAGGAGGAGGAGGAUGGUGUCCCCCUUCAUCAGCAUCUCUGCACUGGAUGCUCCCUGCCACAUCUGGGGGCACUGGGGCUGGAGGCAUCGCCGUGGGGUCCUGGCUCCCAUCUCCAUCCUGCUUGCCUUAGACCUUCUGCAUCACUUUGUCCAUCUGUGUGUGCACUUUCAGGACCAGCCACGCUGCAAGAGUUGGGGCAAGACAGGGGCAGAGGUCCCCUGAGAGCUGCAGCAUCCCAUGGGAUACAGCCCCACUGGGGUCACACCAUCCCCUGGCACCAAUGGGGUGACCCCAUGUCCCCCAGGGCAGACACGCCCCCUGAGCUGAACACUUCUGGGGCUGCUCUGACGUUGUGUAGGUCCUACCACAACACAGCCCCCAGUGGCAGCUGUGUUUACCUCCAUGCCUGCAUAGGCAGAAAUACAUGCAAUUCCCUAAGUUAGCCCCUUUUCCAGACUUUAGGCUUCUUUUGGGGGUGUCAUACCCAAGCUUUGGUCUGGGAGCCCCUCUCCACCCUCUGCUCUGCCCUUGGACUUGAACCCAGCUGGGUUUUCCCUCGAAAAAUGCUUCUUUUUGUGAUUUUA